AUGGGCUCAGAGUCGGCACUGUUGAACUGGGCCCUCCGGGAUCCGGCCACGCAGACCAUCCACGAACUGGCCACGAAACCGGUGUACGCCGCAGGAUCAGUGGUCAUGGACGCCCCAUCCGUAUCCAGAGUGUGGAAGGAGAAACUGGUCCAGAGUGCGGAUUGCGCAAUGCUGCGAGAUGUGAACACGGUUCCCGCAUCCCACCACUGGCUUCGAAACCCUGAUCGCCUCUUCCCUAACGUGUUCAUCAAGGCGAUCCAGCUGCGCAGCGGAACUCUCCAGACCAAGGCCCGCACCGCCCGUCACAAACCCAUGACCCAAGACGAGAUCGGAUGUCGGGGAGCAUGUAAUUGUCCCGAAAACAUCUCCCACAUACUGCAAACGUGCAGCGUCACUGAUCUCUCCCGUCACCGCCGCCACAACGACAUCUGCAAUGAGAUCAUACGUCGAUGCCGGAAACAACACACGACGAUCAUUGCAGAACCCCACGUCCCUACGGCCUCCUCGUACCUCAAGCCGGACCUGGUGAUCAUCCGCGACGACCAAGCCUACAUCCUGGAUGUCGCCGUGUGUGGAGUUGACCGUCUGGAGAAGACGUAUCGUCUGAAGGAGGAGAAAUAUGGCAACACCAACGCAUCCGCGGCCAUCUCCGCCCACCUCUCCAGAUUGACCAACACUCCGCUAACCCAGAUCCACCAGCAGCCCAUCAUCUUUAACAACCGGGGCCACAUCAACAUCCGUUCAUCGCAUCACCUGAAGGCUCAUGGGUUCAACAACCGGGACAUAGCAGAUCUCUGCAUGACAACAAUCCACGGGUCGAUCAGGACAUACAACAACUACAUGCGAGGCGCGUUCAGAACAACGGAACGGCAAUACGGAACAUUGAUGGGCAACCGAUGA